AAGUAGAAACAAAUAUUCAAACAUUGAUGGCAGAGAUUUCUUUGUAUUCCCGGCGGCCAUGGAAAUAACAUUUAUUUCACAUAUUAAUUUAUAUUUCAUAAUAACUGCACCACAAACAAAAAAAAAACUUAAAUUCCCUCGGUAACUUCUUCAUCUACCGUUUUCACUUUCAAUAUCUCUUUCUUCCGAAUUGUCAAGGCUCCUCGACUCUUCAACUUUGAUUGUGAUUCUCAUCAUGUCUGGUUCUCUUGAUCGUUUCACAAGACCAUGUUUUGAAGGUUUCUCCAGCAACGAUGAGAGAAGAGAAAGGAAGUCAGAUUUCGAAGUUUCAGAGGAGGAUAAGAAGACUAGAAUCGGAAUCUUUAAGAAGAAAGCUUCAAAGGCUUCUAGCAAAUUAAGACGUUCUCUAAGCAGGAAGAGGAGACCAAGCAAGGGAAGAAGCAUUGAUAGGACUCCAUCUCUUACCUUUGAAGACUUACAUGACGCUGAGGAGUUGCGAUAUGUCUCUGAGUUCCGACACUCACUCAUCUCUGAUGAUUUACUCCCUCCAAGUCUUGAUGACUAUCACAUGAUGUUAAGAUUCCUGUAUGCGAGGAGAUUCGAUCUUGGAAAAGCAAAGUUGAUGUGGGCUAACAUGAUCCAAUGGAGAAAGGAUUUUGGUACAGAUACCAUUUUGGAGGAGUUUGAGUUUCCUGAAUUGGAUCAAGUUCUAAAGUACUACCCUCAGGGAUACCAUGGUGUUGACAAGGAAGGAAGACCUGUUUACAUUGAAAGAUUAGGAAGAGUCGACCCUUGUAAACUCUUGCAAGUCACUACAUUGGAAAGAUACCUUAGAUAUCAUGUUAAAGAGUUUGAGAAAACUGUUACCAUCAAGUUUCCUGCUUGUUGCAUUGCUGCUAAAAGACACAUUGACUCCAGUACAACUAUUCUUGAUGUCCAAGGCGUAGGGUUAAAGAAUUUUACUAAAUCUGCGAGGGAUCUUAUCACUCAGCUGCAAAAGAUUGAUAAUGAUAACUAUCCUGAGACACUUCACCGUAUGUUUAUCAUUAAUGCUGGCCCUGGUUUUAAGCUACUUUGGGGCACUGUGAAGUCGUUUCUUGACCCAAAGACUGUCUCCAAGAUAGAUGUCCUUGGAAACAAGUACCAGAACAAGUUACUUGAGGUGAUUGAUGCAAGUCAGCUGCCAGAUUUUCUAGGUGGUACUUGCACUUGUGCAGAUCAAGGAGGUUGUAUGAGAUCUGAUAAAGGGCCUUGGAAAGACCCUGAGAUACUAAAGAUGGGUCGCAGUGGUGGGACGUUCUGUAGGCAUGCUGGUGCUCAAAUAUCUUCAUCUGAUAAGCAAACAUAUUAUGGGUUGAAAGCUAGUGACACAUCAACAGCAGAGUCAGGGUCUGAAGUAGAAGAGUUGGCUUCACCUAAAACAAAUAUCAAUAACCAUGUACCUAAGUUAACUCCUGUUUCUGAAAAUAUCAAGGCCAAUGGUAAAGUAAGUCCUAGUGUUUUAUCCGAGUAUGAAGACUGUGUGCCAAUGGUGGACAAAGUUGUAGACGUUGCUUGGGAGUCACAAGAGAUCUCAGUUGUUUCCAAAGGUCCGGAACAUACACCAAGUUUGUGGACAAUAAGAAGUGUUAGUCACAUCUGGAGGUGGAUAACUGCAAUCUUCAUCAACUUCUUCGCAGUCUUUACUUCCCAGACUAUGAGGCACUCACAGUUGAUUUCCUCAAGCGCUAGAGAUGAACUGUGUGAUGAACAAGAUACAAGGGAAUCUCGUCCUCCUUCGCCUUCUCCUUCGAGUACCAUCAAUGAAAGAGUCAUCAUUUCGUCUGUUGUGAGCAGACUAGGCGAUCUCGAGAAACAGAUUGAAACCCUUCACUUGAGGAAAUCCGAGAUGCCUCAUGAGAAAGAGGAGUUGCUCAAUACUGCUGUCUAUCGCGUGGAUGCAUUAGAAGCAGAGCUCAUCAACACAAAAAAGGCAUUACAUGAGGCUUUAAUGAAGCAAGAAGAACUUUUGGGUUACAUAGACCGGCAAGAGGAAGCUAAGUAUAAGAGAAAGAAGUUCUGCUGGUGAAGAGAAUCAAAGUUGCAAAGUUUACUUGUUAUAGAAAGUUCUGAUAAUAGGGGAAGGUUUCAGUGGAACUAUAUAUGUAUAUAAGAUAAGAAGGAACUUGCAGUGAGAUUUUAGUUUAAUUCAAGUUCUUUGUGGAAUCUGCAUGAUGAUACUAUUGAAUGUUGUAAAUUGGUGUUUGCCACAUUUGAUGCUAUAUUGGAAGUGCAAAAGUAAAAAAAAAAAAGGAAAACAAUAAAAAAAAUACAAGUGAAUUGUGACAUGGAUUGCAUAAUGUAUGUUCCUGCAUGUUAGAAGAAAGUGGAAUCAUAGAAAGUGGAAUCAUCCACAAUUUGCAUGUUG